UAAACAAUCUCUCACAGCUUGUGCCUCAUGCUCGCUCCGACUCCCUGGGUGAGCGGGACACGUUCGACCUUCAAAAGGCCGCUGCCAACGCACCCGUGGCCCGCACCACCCCACAUAAACCGCCGCUGAAUCGCGCCCGCUCAAAAGCUCGCAUGACCCCGCCACGACGCCGACUCGCGCACUUUGGUCCCUGAGAGAUCGCAGCCAUGGAUGUUGAGUUCAACGCCAUUGAGGUGCCUGCCGAGGCGAACCCUCUGACUGAGGGCAUCCUCUUCCAUGUCCUGCGCUCUGCGUCGUCGACGGAUCCAAACCAGAUACAGACGGGCACGAAGCAGCUGCAGGAGUGGGAGAAGGCGCGGGGAUACUAUCCCUUGUUACAGGCUGUCUUUCUAGACAAGUCCCUCCCGUAUGAAGUGCGGUACCUGGCCAUUAUCCAGCUCAAGAACGGCAUCGACAAGUACUGGCGCAAGACAGCUCAGAAUGCCGUCAACAAGGAGGACCGGAACACCAUCCGCGUUCGGUUGCUCGAGAGUGCAGUCAACGAGGCCGACAGUCGCCUGGCGUUGCAGAAUGCUCUUAUGGUCGCUAAGAUCGUCCGCUUCGAGUAUCCCAACGACUGGCCCGAUGUUUUCGAGCAACUCAUCCAAUUCCUCCGUGUCUCGACUGAGCCGACCGCCUUCCGCCUCCAACUGCCCCGAGCGCUCCUUCUCCUCCUAUACAUUGUCAAAGAGCUAUCCACGGGGCGACUGCGGCGGACACGAGAAAAUCUCCAGAACAUUGCACCCGAGAUCCUCAACGUACUAGGAACCAUAUACGUGAGCAAGGUGCAAAGCUGGCAGAAGUUUUUCCGCGAAGGGGGAGACGAUGAAGGAGGAGCCCUCGAAGAUAUCGAGAACAGCUUGAUUGUAAUCAAGAUCAUACGCCGGCUUGUUGUAAGCAGCUAUGACUUCCCAGGGCGAGAAAAAGAUGUACACGAGCUCUGGACACUCUCGCGCACCUUCUUCGGCGAGUUCAUUCCGUAUGUUCAGGAGGAUAGCACACUUGCGCCGCCAGUUCGCAGACUUGUGGAGAAGCACCUGAUGCAGCUCUCCAAGUUUCAUUAUUUCAUGGCAACAACACACCCUGCAGACUUCGUCCUCAUGCCCGACUCAAUAGACCUGGUUCGCGCAUAUUGGGGUUUGGUCUCUCGUCUUGGUGAGACCUGGGGCUCCAAGUCGGUAGAAGCUGCCAAAAUCGGUUCUGAUGGCGACGAAGAAGACGACGCGCCCAUCUUUGAGCGCUUAGGCUUGAAGGGGUUGCUAGUUGUCCGCGCCUGCGUAAAGAUGGUCUUUUAUCCUGUGCAGACCUUCCGCUACCGUCAGCAACAAGAGAAAGACGAGCGCACCAAGGCUGUACAGAUGGUCAAGCAAGAGCUUCUGACUGACGAUCUCGUCCGCGAGAUGGUGUCUACCCUUGUUACGCGUUUCUUUGUUUUCAGGCCAAGCGAUCUCCGCAUGUGGGAGGAAGAGCCCGACGAGUGGGAGAAGAUGGAAGAGGGCGCCGAGGAUUGGGAAUUCGCGAUCCGGCCUUGCGCAGAGAAACUCUUUCUAGAUCUCGCGAAGAAUUUCAAAGAUUUGAUCAUCCAGCCUCUUCUUCAAGUCUUCCAGACGGUCGCGACCCCGGACAACGAGGACGUACUCUUCAAGGACUCUGUUUACACUGCCAUUGGUCUAGCGGCUGACGUACUCCACGAUCACGUUGAUUUCGACGCCUUCAUUACGAACACGUUAGUGCAGGAGGCCCAGAAGCAGAAGCCUGGCUACAACAUCAUCCGACGCCGCAUUGCCAUCAUUCUUUCCCAGUGGAUCGCCAUUAAGAUUGCGAAGGAUAACAAGCCCGUUGUUUAUCAGAUUUUCGAGCAUUUGAUGAACAAGAAUGACCCACUAAACGACCUAGUCGUUCGGGUUACCGCUGGCAGAAAAUUUCAUCAGAUCGCAGACGAAUGGGAGUUCAAGGCCGACAACUUCGUGCCACAUGCACCAGCCAUUUUGGAUAGACUCAUGGCUUUGGUGCAGGAGGUAGAACUUCAAGAGACGAAGAUGGCGCUGCUGAACACGAUCAGCAUCAUCGUGGAGAGGCUCGAACACAACAUUACGCCGUAUGCUAACAGCAUUAUUGCUCUCCUCCCACCGCUAUGGGAGCAGUCUGGCGAAGAGCACCUCAUGAAGCAGGCCAUUCUCACCAUCCUCUCCCGCUUAACGAACGCGAUGAAAGCCGAGUCCCGCUCCUUCCACGUCUCUUUCCUCCCCAUCAUACAAAGCGCCAUUGAGCCCGGCUCCGACACGCAAGUCUACCUGCUAGAGGACGCACUAGACCUGUGGUCAUCCAUCAUCGCGCAGACACCGUCUGCUCCCGAACCGACGUCUCCAGAGCUUCUCAACCUCCUCCAAUAUCUAAUCCCAUUAUUCUCAAUGGACAACGACACCCUCCGCAAAGCCAUCGAGAUCACCGAAGCAUAUCUACUCCUCGCUCCCGCAGCCGUCCUCGCAGACAACUUUCGCCCAGAAUUGAUCCGCUGUUUGUCUGAGCUCCUGGGCAGCUUGAAGCCCGAAGCCAGCGGCGCCGUCUCGCACCUCAUGAUGUGCAUCAUCCGUGGCGCCGACGAUCUCGGUGGCGAACAGGCCACCAAAGUGCUCGUCGGUGACCUCAUCUCGUCCAACUUCUUCGCGAAGGUAAUGCAGGGCCUCCACGGCGCGUGGACACACCACCAGUCACACGGACCCUUGCGUGAAAUGCCCUCCCGCGCUGUCGACGGCGUGGUGGAAACAGACUACUUCUCCGUGCUGGCGCGCAUCGGUCUCGCUUCUCCCGCGAUCCUGCUCGAGGCGAUUUCCUCUGUCGGCGGCGUCGAGCUGGAGAAGACGCUCCACUGGCUGCUGGAGGAGUGGUUCGGCCACAUCGAGAACAUCGGCGACCCGCCCAACAAGAAGCUAAUGGCGCUCGUGCUGACGCGCCUCCUGGAGACGGGCGCGCCCUGGAUUUUGGGCCACCUGCAGAGUCUGGUUGCGAUGUGGACGGAUGUGCUGGGCGAGCUGCUGGAUGGCAUGGAUGAUAAGACCGCGGACUCGCUCUACUGGCCCGAAGAACCCAACCCUUACGCCCCCAUCGAACCCGAAGCCCCAGAAGACGCCCGCAAACGCAUCCUCCUCUACUCCGACCCCGUCCAUCGCCUCAACCUCGUCACUUUUGUGCGCGAGCACCUGCAGGGCGCUAUCCAAACUGUGGGCGGCGAGGCACGGUUCCAGGAGGACUGGCUGAGCCGUGUGGAUAAGGAUGUGCUGAAGGGGUUUGGCGAUUUGGGGAUUAUGUAACAAUGAUUUGUUAACGGAGAACUGCAAAGACAGGGAGACUUGGAUCCACUUAGAAGCGGGAUUUCAAAACAGUAAGAGGGAGACGAGUGGGAUGAGGAGGACCGCAGAUGCAGAGAGGAGCGAGGCGGCGGACGUGGAAUUCCAGGGCGUGAGGAGCGCGAUGGCGGCCCUGGGUGCGUUAAUUGAGGCUUAGAUCGUAUAUACCCAUGC